AUGGUGUACAUAUUAAUAAUAAAGAUUUUGAUUUUGAUUACUGGUUUUGUUCAAAAUAUUGCUGGUGCUAAUGAUACUUCCUGUAUUCAACAUGUUUAUGGUGUUUAUUAUGGUACAUUUGUAAUUGAAAAUAAUUUAAAAUAUACUUCUAUUGGAUCAUUGGGUAGAUUAGGUGAAUAUACAUCAAUAAAUUCAAUUGAUUUCGGUACAUUAGUUAAUAAAAAUGCAAAAGCUGAUGCUGUUGGUAGUACUAAUAUCGGUACCUAUGUUUGUGGUGGUUUCGGAGAACGAUCUAUUACAGCAACAACAUUUAAAUAUAAUUUUUAUCCAAAUAAAACAUUGGUAAUUAAAAUAGUAACAAAACUACAAUUUGAUAAAACUUAUCGUAAUUAUAGUGGUAAUGAUAUUUUAUACAAUUAUAAUGCAAAUUCAGAUUUAUUAAAAUCGAGACCCUUAAAAACACGUGGCCCAUUUAAAGCACAUGGAUAUCGUUUAAGUUAA